AUGACUCUCAAGCGCUGCCAAGGCAUUGAGCUCUACUGCAGAGAACUAUGUCUCACUCACCACGGGAAGGAAAGGCGUGGAUUCUUGCUUCUUCGGUGGCUGUCAAGCGAUGCGAGGCCGCUGGACAACUUGGACAAGUACGCCAUUCUUCUUCGCGAGUGUGGCACACUCGGGGACUACGCCAGUGGCAGGCGGCUUCACGAGAAGCUGGUGCAAGAGGGGCUUUUCGGAAGAUUUCUGGGGAAUCUCUUGGUGGAGAUGUAUGGCAAGUGUGGCAGCCUGGAGGAGGCGCGAGCGGUCUUCAACAGGAUACGCACGAAGAACGUCUUUACGUGGAAUCUCAUGGCCGGUGUCUACACGCAAAAUGGCCGCGACAGGGAAGCUCUCCGGCUCUACAGGGAGAUGUGCGUGGAAGGAGUCGCAGCCGACGACUUCACCAUCUUGGCCGUGCUCGCGGCCUGCGCGAAUCUCCGCUGCUUGAAAGCUGGAAGAGCGGUUCUUGAGAGCAUCAGAGGAAGCCGGAUGAUCCUGGAGAACUCGCUGGUGGGAAGCUCGAUCGUUAGCAUGCUUGGGAAGUGUGGCAGCGUCGCGGAUGCCAAGAGUUUCUUCGACGACGAGCUCUCCAGCAAGAGCACGGGCUCCUGGAACGCGAUGCUUGCAGCGUACUCGCAGAACUGUUUCGGAGCCGAGGCCAUUCUUGUCUUCCGAUCCAUGCUGCUCGAGGGUGCGAAAGCGGACAGUGUGACUUUCGUGAGCGCCUGUAGAAGCAUUGGAAGUCUAGCGAUGGCGAGAGCUUUGCAUGGAGUUGCCCGUAGCGGCGGCCUGGAGAGCGAUUCUAUCGUCGGGAACGCGCUGGUGAGCAUGUAUGGGAGAUGCAAGAGCUGCGAGGAUUCGAGGAACGUCUUCGACCGGCUAGUGGUGAGGAACAUCGUCUCCUGGACUGCGAUGAUCUCGGCCUAUGGACAGUGCGGCCAUCACCGAGAAGCGCUGGAGCUCUUCGAGGCGAUGGACUGCGAGCCGGACAGGGUAGUGCUUGCCAGCGUCCUGGAUUCCUGCGGCAGCCUCUGCGAUCUGGAUUCCGGGAGGAGGAUUCACGAGCGCUACUGCAAGGCGCUGGAGGAGAAGUCCGUCCAGAUUGGAAACGCGCUGGUGGAGUUCUACGCUAAGUGUGGAGCUGUGGAAGACGCUGUGAGAUCCUUCGAGAGGAUGGCUUCCAGGGACGUCCAGUCGUGGAGCUCGAUGAUCGCAGCGUACUCCCAGAGCGAUCGCGGCGAUCCAUCAUCGUCAUCGCCAUCGGCAGUGAGCUUGUUCUUCCGGAUGGCGCUCGAGGGAGUGAGCCCAAACGAAUUCGUGCUCACGCACGUCCUCGACGCUUGCAGCCAUCUGGGACUGGAGUCGCGAGCUCGCGGCUUGCUGGGUUCCAUGGCCGAGGAUCACAGCAUCGCCGCGAGCGUGGAGCACUACGGCUGCUUCGUCGAUCUGCUGGGACGAUUGGGCGAGCUGGAUCGAGCGCAGGAGGCGAUCGAGCUCUUGCCUUUCCAGGCCGACGCCGUGAUGUGGAUCAUUCUUCUCAGCGCUUGCAUCGUCCAUGGCGAUGUGGAGCGAGGAGCUCUAGUCGCUGCUCGAAUCACUCGGCUGGAUGAUGACGGCGCUAGCGCGAGCGCGUGCUUCGUUUUGGCGGCAAAUUCCUUCUCCAUUAAAGAGUUAAUUGUGAUUAAUUAG